UCUGCAUUUCGGCUGCAGGAAAUUGAGAUCAGCUCAUGAAGCAACGAUUUUAGCUGUUAGUUAUUUCCAGUGUGGAGGGUGUUGCAGACAGAACAGAAGUCGAAGGUUGAAACUGGUUCAGGAGAAUGGAGGACAUAGAAGACCUAUUAGUUGGGAGUGAAGGAGGAGCCCCACCUGGCUUCCGCUUGCCAGUGAUGGCCGUGGGAGUGAAGCCCAAGAGAAAGACCCCUCAAGUCCAAGACCGUUCUUCCAUUCCCUCACGUAAAAUUCCAGGCACCCAGACCAUUUAUAUAAAGACAUUUGGGUGUUCACAUAAUCAGAGUGACAGUGAGUACAUGGCUGGUCAGCUUUCAGCUUUUGGAUAUACAUUGAGUGACAACCCUGAAGAGGCAGACCUUUGGCUGAUUAAUACAUGCACGGUAAAAUCUCCUAGCCAGUCUGCCAUGGACACACUAAUAUCAAAAUGUAAAAGCGCAAAAAAACCGCUGGUGGUGGCUGGAUGUGUGCCUCAAGGGAGUCGAGAUUUGAAGGAGCUUGAAGGGGUUAGUAUAGUUGGGGUACAACAAAUUGACCGUGUGGUUGAAGUUGUGGAGGAGACCCUAAAAGGUCAUGAGGUCCGGCUUUUGACUCGGAAGACUUUGCCAGCACUUGAUCUUCCAAAGGUGAGAAAGAACAAGUUUAUUGAGAUUCUUCCGAUUAAUGUUGGUUGUUUAGGUGCUUGCACAUAUUGCAAGACGAAACAUGCUCGUGGACAUUUAGGUAGCUACACUGUGGACAGCCUUGUAGACCGUAUACGAACUGUUAUAACUGAUGGGGUGAAGGAGAUAUGGUUAAGCAGUGAAGACACUGGAGCAUAUGGUCGUGAUAUUGGGGUUAAUCUUCCAAUUUUACUGAAUGCUAUAGUUGCAGAACUUCCACCUGAUAGAAGCACAAUGCUUCGGAUUGGGAUGACUAAUCCUCCUUUUAUUCUUGAACACUUGAAAGACAUAGCCAAAAUUCUUUGUCACCCAUGUGUAUAUUCAUUUUUACAUGUACCUGUCCAAUCUGGCAGCGACUCUGUUUUGAGUGCAAUGAAUCGGGAAUACAAUGUGGGUGAGUUCAGAACUGUAGUAAAUACUCUCUCUCAACUUGUACCUGGGAUGCAGAUUGCAACUGAUAUCAUAUGUGGAUUCCCUGGUGAAACGGAUGAAGACUUUGCCCAAACAGUCAGCCUGAUUAAUGAGUACAAGUUCCCUCAAGUUCAUAUUUCACAGUUCUAUCCCAGACCCGGCACUCCUGCUGCAAGGAUGAAGAAAGUUCCAAGUAAUGUAGUUAAGAAGCGGAGUCGUGAGUUAACUUCUGUUUUUGAAUCAUUCUCUCCUUAUCAAGGAAUGGAAGGCCAAGUGGAGAAGAUAUGGAUUACUGAAAUUGCCACUGAUGGAGUUCACUUGGUGGGCCAUACCAAGGGAUAUGUGCAGGUGCUUGUUGCCGCUCCUGAAAGCAUGCUGGGGAUUUCGACUGAUGUGAAGAUCACAUCCGUUGGAAGGUGGUCGGUGUUUGCUGAUGUUAUUCAGACUCCUGAUCAAACAAAAGAGGACACUAAGUCCAUCAGAAACAAAUCCAUUCCCAACAAAUGUCUUCCAAGCUCAGAUUUAGAGGAGACUUGUUCUUGUGCAAUGCAAAGCUGUGAAAAACAGGAUACUUUGUGCAAAAGCGCUAUCCAACUAGACAACACUUGGCUGGAAGAUCACAACAGAAGAAACGUCAUUGGGUGGUUGCUGAGGAGGCGAAAAGUCCAUGGAGCAGAAAAGAUGAAGGGACAUCUCUUAGAAUCAAAGGAGAAGCAACAGACAGAGGGUAGAAGCGUAGGUAAUUUAGGUUUUACUGAUUGGGCUCUACUAGGUGGGAUGCUUAUAAGUUCCCUUACAAUUGUAGCUCUACUGUUACUCCUGGGUUUCCGGACACUAUCUUCAAAAUGAAGAGCAUGUUGAGUGUAUUGUAACAUCAUUAACCCAAGCAAUUUUUGAGUUGGAUUACUCUGACAUGAAGCUGCAAUUUUGAACUUAUUGUAGUAAUAAUUUCCAUGUAUAAAUUUUCUUUUAUUUUGAUUCUGAUCUAAAUUCAUAUUGAUGCUC